GUACGUUCCCUUUCUUCUCCUGAUGAAUUAAAACAGUCAGUUUCUCACUUUUUUGCGAGACAGCGAGGAAGCAGUCGCCGCCUACUCCUCUCUCGAUUUCUUCUUCUAUUACUCAUGUGCUAAUAGAAACUCACGAUGGUCACAACGAGACGCUCUCUCAGUGAUCUCCGUCAGAACGUAAAAAAUGGGAAAAAAAUCUUCAACGGUUUGGUUAAUAUGUUGAAGUCCCAAGAACAACAGCUUGAAACUCUCGUCAAAGAGAGGAACAUUCUCCAAGAUCAAAUCAAUAUGCAACACGAUCAACGGGUCUCUGAUAUUCGAUUUUACCAAGAUCAUAUCCCUCAGAGUCAUAGAAUGAAGUAGCAACCAUUCAUAUAUGCAUUUCAACAAAAAGAUUGUUACUUUGGGCAUUCAUUGACUGCCAAGGGGAACAAAGUGGUCUUAAUUAUAGUUUUAUUGUAUACACAAGUACAACUUCCAAGUACAUAUCUCACUCCUCAUAUGAUGAUAUUUAUGAUAUGAUAAUGAGUAGGUUCUUAUGGUGUUUUUUUUUAUUAUCAUAUGUAUACAUAUUGCUUGUAUAUUUUUGAAGGGGAGGCAGGUGCUGCAACUGUUCUCAUGUUUCGCCUUGAUUAAGCUAUGCUUCAAUGCAUUACCUUUUCCUAAUUGCAGAGGAUAAAGAUGACAAGUUAGCAGACAACAAAUCUUGUUUUGACUACCUCUCUCGGUACAUAAGGGAUAAUUCUCCAAGAAAAUCCGCAAAAUCUUACAAAAUAAAUUCUGGAAACAGAGAUGCUGACAAGGAUGUUGGAUCUAAGAUGCUGGAGGGUGAAGUACGAAGGCUCAAGCAUGAAUAUGAGAAGCUAGCUUCAGAAAAGCGUUCUGAGAUAUCUGCUUUAUUUGCUGGGAAGAAAUUUGUUUGGAACCAAUAUAAUCUCAUGGAACAAAAGCUCACCAAUCAACUAAAGAGUAAGCAUUCUGAACUUGAACUAGCAAACGGGAAUAUUGUGCAACUUCUUGGCAGUAUGGAGCAACUUCAGUCCGCUAACGAUGAGAAAAAUGAAUUGAUUGCAAGACUAAACGCUAAAGUAGCUGGGUUAGAGGCUGGGGCAAACAAGUCAGUGGAGCGAAUUUCUAAACUCUCUUAGGAUUUGGAGUUGUUAGUUUGUUCUCUCAUAA